AUUCUCACAGUGGAAAACUUUCUGGAGUCUCUGAUCCAGACCAGCGGAAGUGGAUCGGACCAGGAACGUCAGGACAAUGGCCAAGUGUUCAGGAUGUGGACCGGGAUACCGCAGCCCGUUGGACGCCAUGAGAGGCCCCCGGGAGGAGAUUGUCUACCUUCCCUGUAUCUACCGCAGCACCGGGGUACUGAAACCCGACUACCUGGCAACUGUUGAUGUUGACCCAAACUCUCCAACGUACAGCCAGGUGAUCCACCGGCUGCCGAUGCCCAACCUUAAUGAUGAGCUGCAUCAUUCUGGCUGGAACGCCUGCAGCAGCUGCUUCGGAGACACUUCCAAAACCAGAAACCGUUUGAUCCUCCCCUCUCUGAUCUCCUCCAGGAUCUAUGUGAUCGAUGUCGGGACCGAUCCCAGAUCCCCAAAUAUUCACAAGAUGGUGGAGCCGGUGGACCUGUACUGGAAGUGCGGUCUGGCCAACCCUCACACCAGUCACUGUCUGGGCAGCGGUCAGAUUCUGAUCAGUUGCAUGGGAGACCUCUCUGGAGGGGGAAAAGGUGGUUUUGUUCUGCUGGACGGUGAGACAUUUGAGGUGGUUGGUAACUGGGAGCACCCGGGUGAAGCGGCGCCAUUUGGCUACGACUUUUGGUACCAGCCCCGACAUAAUGUUCUGAUCAGCACUGAAUGGGGUGCACCCAAAGCCCUGGUCAACGGGUUUAACCCCAAUCACGUUAAAGAGGGUCUUUAUGGGUCUUCCCUGCAUGUCUGGGACUGGACCACUCACAGAAGGCUGCAGACUCUGGACCUGGGAGAGGACGGUGCCAUUCCUCUGGAGAUCCGAUUCCUCCAUGACCCGAACGCCACUGAGGGAUACGUGGGGUGUGCUCUUCGAGGAUCUGUUUUCAGGUUCUACAGGACACAAAAAGGUGACUGGGCUGCAGAGAAAGUCAUCAAAGUUCCCAGUAAGAAGGUUGAGGGAUGGAUGCUACCUGAGAUGCCAAGUCUCAUCACAGACAUCUUGAUCUCAUUGGACGACCGUUUUCUCUACUUCAGCAACUGGCUGCAUGGUGACAUCAGACAGUAUGACAUCACUGACCGCCGGAACCCCAAACUGGUCGGCCAGUUGUUUCUGGGAGGAAGUAUUGUCAGUGAUGGACCAGUUAAAGUCCUGGAGGACCCAGAAAAACAAGAGCAGCCCUGCCCCCGUGUCAUAAAGGGGAAGCGUAUCUCUGGUGGUCCUCAGAUGUUGCAGCUCAGUCUGGAUGGACGGAGACUUUACGUGACGACAUCUCUGUUCAGCGGCUGGGACAAACAGUUUUACCCCGACAUGAUUAGAGAGGGUUCUGUGAUGAUGCAGAUCCAUGUGGACUCUGACCAUGGAGGUCUCACUCUGAACGAGGACUUCCUGGUGGACUUUGGUAAGGAACCUGAUGGUCCAGCUCUGGCCCAUGAGCUUCGCUACCCGGGAGGAGACUGCACCUCUGAUAUCUGGCUGUGAACACAUCUGGAUCUGCCAUAACCACAUAAUCUGCCAAUCAUUGAGCUUUUUGUUUGCUUCUCAGAUAGUUUGUUGAUUUUUGGUUAAAAUGAAAAAAUUCUUUUACAUUUUAUAAACAACAACAAUAACAAUAAAAAAUAAACAGUUGUUUUUAUCAUGAGAA